UUCUUAUUAUAUACAUCAUACUUAUUUUUAUUAUAUUAAGCAUUUUUACUUUUAUCAUUAAAGUUCAUAUAAUCGUGUGUAGUGACCAGUGAGUUCCAUGAAUUAAGGUAUACYCAACUGACAACUAUCCAUUUAUCUUAAUUCAUGGGGAUUUCAGACAUUACAGUGUUAUAAUAAUUAAAUUUCAAAACGGUCGUUUAAAUAGCGAGCUUUACAACAUUCUAAUCUCAGUUGAUGGUUACUAUUAUUAAAAUAUGAAUGACGAAGAAGUAAUUUGGCGUAAGCUGCUCAUUGAUGGUGAUGGAAUUGGUGAUGAUAGGCGUUUAAAUGUUUUGCUUAAAACAUAUUUGAAAUGGUGUAAUACUAAAUAUACAGAUCCUGUUGAAAGUCAAAAGKCUAUGGAAAAAAUGUUGGUUCAUCUCAAUUUAUGUGAGCAUGCAAUGAAGAAAUCUCAAGCUGUUUCACGUAUGAAUGUAGAAGAAAUGCUAAUGUAUGACAAUAUGUCUAGUGAAAUUGAUCAUAAUAUAACAAAUACAAAAACUGAGAUAGAUCACGCAAAAGAAGAAUUAAAAAAAGCCAAAACCAUAAGGCGAAAUCGAAUGGAGUAUGACGUUCUAGCCAAGCUCAUUAUUCAGCAUCCUCCUAGAACCGAUACUGCUAAACGCCUUGUUGAUUUAAAAGAUGAACUUCAAACAUUACAAAUGACAAAAAAUGAAAUUAAUCAAAAACUAGAUAAAAGACGAAAACAACUGCACGUACUCAUGUCUGCGUUAAACGACUUAACAGAUAGCUUAGAUGAUAAUGGUUCAAUGAGUGAGGAUAUGUCAUACGAGACAUUUGAUGAUGAAGAUCUUGAUAUAUUAACAAGAAAAGACGAUGUGGAGGAGCCAAUGUCUGAUUAAUCAUUAAAAAUUGAAUUUUGAAUUACCUUAUAAAAAUUUGUAUAUUAUCAUCAAUACAAUUUUUAACUUAAA